AACAUAAUUUAAUGUCUUGAACAAUAAAGUUUCAGAGAGCAAAAAGUCUGACACCUUACAUAACUACUAUUCGAGUAAAUAACUCAUCUAAUGGUCGUCACUGUAUACACAAAAAAGUAAACGAUGUGGAAUCAUUCAACAGUAACCAAACUAGAGCUAAACAUUAUUCAGUUCUACUAGAAAAAAAAAACACGUGACAAAUUGUUCAUGAAUUGCCAAAAAUAUUGCCAAACCCAAUACACUCUUAUCCGUAACAAACAGCCAAAGCCUCGGCAAAAUUAGAAUUCUAAAGAAUCGUCUAGAUCGAGCACGGCAACAAUAAGAACACUGACAUCGAGGAACGCCAACUAAAAUGAAGAUGAAACACAUGAAAUUUCCUGGCUUGGUACUCAAGCCAUCCUCAGAUGCUAUCUGCAGUAAUAAAUGCAUCGAGCGAGGUACAGCGUCGAGAGAGAGAAAGCUCUUAUCGCGAGGAGGGAGGAGGGGGGACCGUACACGCGUGCUGCUCGCGAAUUCGCCGCGGAAAGCGCAGAAAUCCCGACAGCUAUACAAUGCGCUCUUCCGAUCGGCAAAGCGCGCGCGCGCGCGCUGCGCGGUCCGAGCACCUUGCCGCGCGUGUUGUAUAUAUCAGUCGACUGACGAGCCUCGAGCCGCGCGCAACUGGACGCUCGUUGACGGCGAUCGGCAACCGCACGCGCGCGCGUCUCCGUCGCCUGCCGAUCGACCUUUCUCUUUCACGGCUUUUCAGCUCUCGCUGUUGAUGGUGCACAAUUGUAAGAUUCGACUUCGUCUCAAACUGCUUGUCAUCCAAACGUACACGCGUUCCUUUCUUGUCCUCUCUUUAUCGCGUAAUUUCUAGCGAAGCGCAACGGUAUGCAAUACUAAUCAGUUCAUAAGUGUCGUAAAUAAACCUAAUGACAUUUUUCCUAUGUGACUAGCGCGUACUAAUAUGGUCAGGUGGUUCAAUAUCAGGAACGCUAAUAAACUUUCCCGCGCGCUGUGUUAUCUUGAUUUAAUUGUAAAUGGCCUAAAACUAUCGAUAACAUCUAAUUACGUUGAUGUUAAUAAAAGCUGCUCCCCAUUAGUCAUUUAUUAGAAGCGAUUCGAUAAUUAUUGCUGUAUGCCGUGACACUUAUCAAGUGUUUACCAUUCCAAUUUUAAAAAUGAACAAUAAUGAUAAUAAAAAAUAGCACAAAAUCGAUUAUUCAAUAUCGUUUAUCUUUUAACGGCAGAACCAAUUGAUGUUUUAUUUACUCGUAAAAAUUUUGUUCACGGCAAGCUUCGAAAUCAUAACUCAUUUUUACAACAUCUGCAAGCAUUGCGACGUUUAUGUGUCUCCUGCAACAAAAAUGAAUCAUCAGAAUGCAUAUUUCGGAAUUUAGGAGCUUUUAAAUCGUUUUAAAGCGCAUCACUAUUGGCGUGGAAAUGCUGACUCACUAAAAAGCUCCAAGUUUUCAGUUUCCGAGUUCACGCAUAGAGAGAGAGAGAGAGAGAACGCAAAAACUGUAGCUACAUGACGAAACUAAGAUGAACGAGUGACAGACGCGCGAAGCUUGUAACAUCGAGCAGAUCUCCAAGAGAGUUGAUGAGCUCAAGAUCAUCCCGAAAAGCAAGAAGGCCGCUGCUGCGCACAGUUUCACAGGUCCGAAAUUAGCAUUGGAUGGUGUAAGUGGAAAAGCCACUAAAUAAUAACACAGUGCGCGUAUGCCGCGACAAGAAAGCUCGGGCAUAAUAAGAGUGCGGCGUUGAGGCAGCGCUCGACGAUUAGAUGAGGAAUUAUCUACGUGACAGAAGAAGUGUGGCGAAGAAGACGAUGAGGUCGGGUGGCGGUGAUAUACAAAGUUGCGAGCACGGCGCUCCCACGACGAGCGAGAAGACAAGGUUGCUCUGAGCAGCAGCAGCAGCAGCAGCAGCAGCAGCAGCAGCACGGAGACAAUCUGCCGGCAAGACAUUGAAAGUCCGCGUCGUCCGAUAACAGGCCUCAGUCGUUCUCUUCGCAACAUCCAAAGUGUCGCGUUCGUUGCACGUGCAGCCGAUUUUUCCUUCGCGUUUCGUCGCGCAACGUUGACUGGACUCCGUGCGAUGUGAUCCGGCCGGCUCGUGCGAAGGAGGAACACGCUGAAACAGAUAAACAUGUCGCUGCACAGGAGCAGCGCCGAAGGUCUCGGCUACCAGAACACUUUGAUGUAUGGCCGCUACACGAAGGACCUCGGUGAAUAUGCGAAAGAAGAGGCCCGACGCUUGCGACUCGACAAAACGCGAAGGAAAUUGGACAAGGCGCGCUCCGAGGAGUUCAGUAAGCCCAGACGUGGACCACUGUGUCGCAAGUUCCUGGCGCUACUCGCCUUCGCCUGGAAACACACUGGCGCGCGACUUGGCGAGGAUUGGGUUUUCCUCGCGCUACUCGGUAUCAUCAUGGCGCUCAUCAGUUAUGCCAUGGAUCGUGGCAUAUCCAUGUGCAAUAACGCCAGGAUAUGGCUGUAUGAAGACCUGACAUCUCACCCGGCUUUGCAGUACCUCGCAUGGGUCUCCUUGCCGGUAUGUUUGAUACUCUUCAGCGCUGGUUUCGUACACAUCGUCGCACCACAGAGCAUCGGCUCGGGAAUACCCGAAAUGAAAACCAUUCUCAGGGGUGUUGCGCUCAAGGAAUACCUCACCUUUCGUACGCUCGUUGCCAAAGUUGUGGGGCUCACGGCUACUCUGGGAUCGGGGCUGCCGCUUGGAAAAGAAGGUCCAUUCGUACACAUCGCCAGCAUAGCGGCAACGCUAUUAUCGAAGCUGGUGACGAGUUUCCAGGGCAUCUAUGAGAACGAGAGUCGCAAUUGCGAGAUGUUGGCAGCGGCGUGUGCAGUCGGCGUUGCUUCGUGUUUCGCCGCCCCGAUCGGCGGCGUAUUGUUUAGCAUCGAGGUCACCACCGUCUACUUCGCCGUGCGCAAUUAUUGGCGUGGAUUCUUUACCGCCGUAUGCGGUGCAACGAUGUUUCGGCUACUUGCUAUUUGGUUUCAACGAGAGGAGACCAUUACCGCAAUGUUCGUCACUAACUUCACCAUGGAGUUUCCAUUCGAUCCUCAGGAGCUAUUCGUGUUUGCUCUCAUUGGCGUUGGAAGUGGAUUUGGCGGGGCUUUUUAUGUGUGGCUGCAUCGACAGUAUGUUCUGUUCAUGCGCAAAAACAAGAGUAUGAACAGUUUUCUUCAGAAAAACCGAUUUCUCUACCCUGGCAUUGUGUCGCUGCUCGUGUCCUCGGUGUCAUUCCCUCUGGGUCUCGGCCAAUUCAUGGCCGGCGACUUGAAUACUCAUGAUCAAGUGCACGGGCUAUUCACCAACUUUUCGUGGACCAAAGAUAACCUAAACGUGGAGGAGAGGAACAUCGUGAAGCAUUGGUCGACCGAACAUACUGAUAUUUUUACUGGUUUGAUGAGCUUCACUGCAUUCACGUUCAUAUUUUCCAUCAUUAGCUCCACUGUGCCAGUCCCCUCCGGAAUAUUUAUUCCAGUUUUCAAAAUCGGAGCUGCUCUCGGUCGUGCUGUCGGAGAAGCUAUGGCUUUGCAAUUCCCAAAUGGCGUACGAUACGGGUAUAUCGUUACGCCUAUUGUGCCAGGUGGAUACGCGACGGUCGGAGCAGCAGCAUUCUCCGGCGCGGUUACCCACACAAUUUCCGUGAGCGUGAUCAUAUUCGAGAUGACGGGACAGAUCACGCACAUCGUGCCGAUGAUGAUAGCCGUCUUGAUCAGCAACGCUGUAGCUGCGCUCCUGCAACCGAGCAUCUACGAUAGCAUCAUACUCAUCAAGAAGCUCCCUUAUUUACCGGAUCUGUUACCUUCGGGUUCAGGGAUGUACAAUAUUUACGUAGAAGACUUCAUGGUCAGGGAUGUCAGAUACAUUUGGCACGGGAUCACAUAUCAGAGGCUAAAAGAAAUACUGAAGGAAAACCGGAAAUUGCGUGGAUUUCCUUUAGUCGAUCAUCCGGAUUCUAUGAUCUUACUUGGAUCCAUACAGAGGCUAGAGCUUAUCAAACUCAUUGAAAAACAUAUAGGUAGAGAAAGGAGACUGCAGGUCGCUCAAAAGUGGCAUCAAGAAGCUGAAGAAAGAGCAAAAGAAGAGAAAGAGAGACAAAUGAGAGAGGAAAAGUCCCGAAGACCCUCAAGAUUUGAAGUAAUACCAGCGCCCGACAUCUUAAAGAUGCAGAGACAAAGUGUCACCGAUUUGACAAUGUCUGGUGUCAACUCGGAUCAUCACACGUUUCAUACCCCAGUGUUCGGCAGCCAGCCGAAAAAAUCCAUUCUCAAAAAAACUAAUUCGUUCACUCUUAAAGGCUUCAGUCCUCUGGUCAGUCCAGCUGUAACGCCGUACACUACAGUUACCGGUGCCGAGAGCAGAAUAAGGCUAGCGUUUGAAGCAAUUUUCCGGAAAUCAACGACCCUUCAAGAUGUCGAUCCCGACCCAGAGCUUGGAUCCGGUACUAUGACUAAUGGACGUCGUGACAGUGUCGACGGUGCACAUCAACCAAUGUUGUCGUCAAGCCCAGCGACGUCUAAGAAAGUGCAAUUGCCCCGUGAACGCGUGAUCGAUAUGUCUCCGGAGGACCAAAAGCAGUGGGAGGAAAGCGAGAUGGCACUGGAAGUGGACUUUUCUCGCUGUCACAUCGAUCCGGCGCCGUUCCAGCUCGUCGAAAGGACAUCUUUACUCAAAGUGCACAGUCUCUUCAGCAUGGUCGGUGUUAAUCACGCUUACGUCACGGCUAUCGGCAGGCUAGUCGGGGUCGUUGGAUUGAAGGAGCUUCGCAAGGCAAUCGAAGACGCCAAUUCGGGUGCCCUGCCACUACAAUUCGACGGUGACAAUACGCAUGCAACGGUGUCGGAAUCGAGUAUAGGCAGAAGUAGCGACGCUGAAUCGGGCAUCGAAACGCCCAUCAGCAAUAGCGUCAACUCGACGCUCAUCGAUCAGGUGAACUCAAGCAACGCCGACGAAACGGAAAAAAUUGAUAAGGCUUGAAAUGUCACCAUUGCUCUUUUUGAUUUUGCCUUUGAGCUUAAAUAAUCGAAAAGUUGUUGAACCGAUUGUGAUAGUUGUGUCGCUGCACGCGGCGCGACCUCCUGUAACUAUUAUACUAUUGUUAGAGAGAGAUUUCCUUUUGUUUUUUUUUGUCCUGUUGAGCUUGCGUUAAGAAUGUUCAAAGGAGAAGUGCGAUACGCAGAUGGUAUUUCCAGUUUGGUUUUCAUAUUGUAGUAUUGAGAUGACACGUCAUGAGUUACAUGCUAAGCAGUGUUCGCUGCAUCGAUCACUCGAUAUAUGACUCAAGCGAUGCCUUUUUUACGUUUGAAUCUAUAUACAAGGAGACUUUUGUCGAGGACUUUUAAAGUUUUUCAUAUGUUUUUGAGUCAUUGAUCAUACUAUAUAGCAUUGUCGGGCUUAUCAAUUUAAAAUGUAUUCUCUCAUUUUCAUUGUACUUAAACAAUGCAUAAAUGACACAUAUAAUUGAAAAUGUUUGAUCAAUAUUGUAACGGUUCAAAAGCACAAACAAACGAAAUGCCAUCAUUGCUAAAACUAGCUUAAAUAUCGCAGCUACUAUCGAUUUGUAGAAAAUGAAAACUUUUUAAGUAACAUUCAUUUAGAAGCAUAUUUGAUAGUAAACGCGACGUCCUGUAAUGCAUCAAACAGGUCGCGUUAUUGAUCAUUAAGAAUAAUAAAACAAGUAGUUAUGAUAAUCUAGAAGCAAGAGUGACGAUAUUACGUGACCGUAUUUGCGUAAUUUCAGUUUCACAAAUUGCUGUAAAGAAGCCAAUUUUUUACAUUUCUAUUUACACUACGACAAAGAAUUUUCAAUUUUUUCAAUGUUAUAGCUUAGUAAUAAUUAAAUUUGACGUACGUUGGUUUGAAAUAUCUUCUUAAAUAUAUUGGUAUAUUUAAGAGAAAUGUAGCCACAUAUAAAAUUUAUGAUUGAGCUAUUACUAUUUUAAGAGUAUAAUCAAUUCAUUCAACUAAACUUCUCUUGAUAUAAUGCUAUCCAUCACGUUAAAAUAAGAGCUAGGGAAAUUGAAAAAAUGUCCAAAUACCGAACUUCUUAAUCGUUAGCAUCGUUGUUAUAUUUUCUAGAAAGUUAAAUGUUUCGUUAUAAAUAGUGUUAUAAUUUGGACAUUUGUUUUUCAUUGUUAUAUGUCUCCUAAAACAAUUGUAUUUUCAAAGUAAUGUUUAAGAGUUUUAUUUUUCAAGUAAAAUUCUAAAAUUGUUAUUUAUUUGUAUACGUUGCUAUUGAAUGAAAUUCAUAAAUUUGUAAAACAGAACAAAAUUACUGAAACUCCAACAAGAUGCUGGUUUCCAUCGCUGUUUUAAAUAUUAUAUAAUUUAAGCGCAUAAUUAUUAAAUAAGUUUUGAAUGAGUGUAAUUGUGCGUCUUACAUUCCAUCAAGAAUAAGCUCACCAAUUUUGUAAAUAUCCUUUUGAAAUUGAAAUUAUUAUUAUUAUAGUGAGAUAUGUGAUGCUUUUCUUCCUUAUUCAUAAAUUGUAAAUAUCGUGUUAUUUGAAAGA